UUACACCUUACAAUGAAUUUAAACCCCUUCCAGUUUGGUGGACAAAUAUAUCAAUAUAUUGCGCCGAUCCGAUCAAUAGUCGACCCUAUUAUUGCUUCAACAAAAUAAUCCACGCUGAAGGUAUUACUCCUUUGCAACGAAAAUGGCUACAACACCACCUCCAGACGAGCCAGCCAGCGCAGCAGAGGAGACCACUGCCCAGGGCCAAACCGCCACAUUACCCCGUCGACCGCGCGAGCAACAACACAAGAAAGACAUCUUCCAAGCCCAAGAAGCCAAUGAUACAUCCCGCGCCUUGCAGCGACAGCCCCGGCGACAGCGACGACAACAGCAACAGCAAGAACAAGUAUCUUCCGCCUCCGAUACCGAAACCUCAGUCGACGAAUCGAUCGGCGGCGCGCGCGAGGACCAGCAGCAACAACAAGCCACGACGACGCUGCGAGGAGGCCAUCAGGAUUGGUCGCUCGAGCCGGAGCCCGAGAAGGAAGACACCGGACUAAAGCUGCGGCUGGAUUUGAACUUGGAUGUCGAGGUGGAGCUGAAGGCGAAGAUUCACGGGGAUAUCACUUUGGCGCUUUUGUCCUGAUCAUAGUGCUUAAUCCCAUCUGCAUGGCUGGAAGAUUGAAUCUCAAGCUCCGGUCGUCUAACAUCGAGUGAAGUUCUGCAUGGUGCGAGGUAUUCUUCCUCGGUCGCUUCUAGCGCGACUCUGAUUCUGUGACCUAGCACACUGACACUUCAAGAGCAAAGCUCACUAGCGUAAUGGUGCACUUUGAGUCGCCUUGCAUGGCACACCAUGUUUGUCUGUACAUACAUAGUAACUGAACCUAAUCAAGAAAGCUCAAUCACG